GAACGCCUGGACUGUCUUAUGUUAAGAUUGAAUGAUAUGCCUGGUUGAAUGUCGUUCUGUUGAGUCUGAGAUACAAUAUGUUGGGAGGAAAUCCGAAUAUGUUGGGUGGAAAUCCCAAUGUGCUCAGUUAUUGAAGUGUUAUGUUGUGUGCUGAUUACAUUUUCUUCAGCCAAGUCAAUGUAGUGUCGGGUGCAUUAGUUGUUUUGUUCAGUUCUUGAAACAAACAGGCAUGUUGUAACACAAUUAUGUAGAGUAAAAAAGAUAUAAUGUGAGGUGUGACAGUCAUUAUUUUCGGUUAUAAUAAUGGUGAUUGGUGCCAUUCUCAUUAUGUUCAACCAUUAAAAUAAACAAUUGAGUGGUACUAUCAUUUUGUUUGGUUGAGGCAGUGUAUUAUUUGGUGAUACUUUCAUUAUGUUCAGUUGCAAUGAUAUGCUGUUGGGUGCUUUAUUCAUUCUGUUCAGUCGUGAAAUAGAACAGUUAAAUGGUACUAUCAUUAUAUUGUGUGCUGAUUAUAUCUUCUUCAGUCAAGUCAAUGUGUUGUUCGGUGCAAAGGUCGUUAUGUUCAGUUACUAAAAAGAACUGUUUCUUGGUACUAUCAUUAUGUUCAGUUCAGAUGAUAUAAUGUUCGGUGCAGAGGUCAUUAUGUUCAGUAGUGAACUCAAACUGUUGUGUGAUACUGUCAUUAUGUUAAGUUCAGAAGAUAUACUGUUCGGUUCAGAGGUCAUUGUGUUCAGUAGUGAACACAAACUGUUGUGUGAUACCGUCAUUAUGUUAAGUUAAGAUGAUAAACUGUUAAGUGCAAAGGUCAUUAUGUUCAGUAGUGAACACAAACUGUUGUGUGAUACCGUCAUUAUGUUAAGUUAAGAUGAUAUACUGUUCGGUGCAGAGGUCAUUAUGUUCAGUAGUGAACACAAACUGUUGUGUGAUACCGUCAUUAUGUUAAGUUAAGAUGAUAUACUGUUCGGUGCAGAGGUCAUUAUGUUCAGUAGUGAACACAAACUGUUGUGUGAUACUGUCAUUAUGUUAAGUUCAGAUGAUAUACUGUACGGUCAAAUGUCAUUAUGGUCAGUUAAAAUGAUAUGCUGUUGUGUACAACUGGCAUUAUAUUCAGUCAUUUAAAUUAACGAGUAUGUGUUGACAUCAUAGUGUUCAGUUGUAACAAUAUGUUGUUAUGUCGUACUAUUUUCAUGUUCAGCUGCGGCAGUUUGUUGUUUGGUAGUAAUGUUAUCAUGCUUGGUUAAUAAAACAUGUUGUUGUGUGAUGAAAUUGUUACGCUUAGUCUACUUAAUGCUAUUGGUGGAUUUGACAAUGCGCUGGGUGGUCAUACAAUUAUGUUGGGUUCAUUCGGAUAUCUUCGGGUAUUUAAAACAUCUUACUGCAAACAAGAUGGCGGGGAACGUGCACCUAUCACGAGCCCUUGCAGAAAUUGGGCAUUCUUCAUUAUUAAUUGGUUUCAUAAAUCAAAACGUUGAUGACCAAACAGCUGCGAAGUUAACAGACGCAGAACUUAGCCGCCUUGGACUUGAUACCAUCGGGGACAGGCACAAAUUCCGUGCAAAAAUGCGUACCGUGGAUCAAAACACAGGCAUAGAUACGGACCAUCUAGCUGCAUCCGAGGUGGCUUCCAGUCUUUUGACAGAGAGGAAUCGAUUGUUUGGAAGACACAGUCAGACUGGAAAGAAAAAGAAAAAAACAUCAAAACUGACAGGGUGGACAGGACAGUUCUUUUGUUUAGCUAGCUCCACUACUGAAAGAAUACCAAAUGUGAGUGAAAAAGAAGUUUUGAUAACAGCAGGAUUGGGGUUAAAAAAGAUAAGACUGGAAAACGAUGAUGAUGAAUCAGAGGUUAUGAAGAAGUUGAUGUCUUCAGGCGCUGGCUUUCCCCAGCUUGCAGAAGCUGGGGGGUUUGAACUGUUAAGAUCAGAACAGAAUUGUAGGAUCUUAAAGGUAAUUGGAUCACGGUGGAAUUCAAAAGAACUAAAAAUGUAUGUUGGUGGCCAAGCAAAAAUUUAUAUUAGGCCAGUACAGAAUAACCUUUCAACACAACCGAUGACUUUACCUCCUAUUGAAGAGGACUAUAAAACUAUGUGUGAUAUAUGUAGCUCCUCCAUUCCAGUAAGGCAAAUGAGAGAGCACAUGCAAGAGUGUGUUGAUCUUCCUGAUUUGUCAGGGAGUAUUGUUUUCACAUAUCCUAAUACUUCACCUGUCAACUCACAAGUGACUCAUUCAGAGACAUAUGGAACAGAAAACAUUCUAGUGACAGGCUCUGUGCCAGCUGGUGAGAGCUCUGAAAUGACUGGUAGAACUUUUCCUAAUACGUCACCUGUCAACUCAGAAGUGACUCAUUCAGAGCUGAAUGAUAUAGAUAACACUCUAAUGACAGGCUCUGUGCCAGCAGUUGAAAGCACUGAAAUGACAGUCUCAGGAGUUGUUGACAGUGUAGUCAAUUUUUGUGUUAGUCAUAACAUUACUAAUCCUGUGGAAAUAUUAAAGAAAUUACAAAAGGACAUGGUAACUGGAAGACCAUUAGAAAUAGAGGAUGUCACUCAGUGUCUAGAUGGGGCAACAAACUUUAUUUUAGUUGACCGGUCCAGGCCAUUAGAUACAGCAUUUGAUGAGCUAUCUAGCCUGACGCCCUCAGAGUUGAGAUUAACACUAGAGGUUCAAUUUUAUGAUGAGAAUGCAGAAGAUUAUGGUGGUCCAAGGAAGGAAUUUUUUUGGUUAGCUUUGAAUGCCAUAAAAGAGAAGUAUUUUAGUCAUGGUUUGCGAGAUUUACUUGCAGAUGAUUAUGUAGCAGUGGGCACUGUAUUUGAAAUGCAAAGUAAUGUUUGUUUCUACUUUAAGAAUGCAGAAGAUUAUGGUGGUCCAAGGAAGGAAUUUUUUUGGUUAGCUUUGAAUGCCAUAAAAGAGAAGUAUUUUAGUCAUGGUUUGCGAGAUUUACUUGCAGAUGAUUAUGUAGCAGUGGGCACUGUAUUUGCUCUCAGUAUCCUUCAGAAUGGUGCAUUUCCCAACUUCAUGGAUGAAAAUGUUCUCCAAGAACUAUGGCAUAGUGAAACACCUUCUCCAAGUAUCAUUAAGCUGAGACAAGGGCUUAACACUCUAGGAAUCAUGGAGAUUGUGAAAUGGUUGCCAUCCAUGGAGUUUCUGUUUCACCCAAGUAUUGUGCCACUGACAGUGAAGAAACUAACAACCAUUUUGAAGCCUGUAUUUAGUGAGAAUGGCUCAAACAAUGCUGUCUUAGAAAAGGAAGUGUAUGGAAAAUUCAUUAAGUACAUGAGGGAAGUGGCAAGUGGUAGGCGACUAGGGAUGACACUCAACAGUAUGCUUAGAUUUGUGACAGGUGCGGAGGAUGAGCCAGUUUUAGGAUUUCAGCUUCAGCCAUCUAUAUAUUUCACAGAAAAAGAGUCUUUCAUUCCUACUGCACAAACAUGUAUUAACAGACUUAUACUGCCAAGACCAUCAGUUUCCAUGGAACUGCCAGAGGAUGACAAACUAUUUCAGUUUUAUGAUCUUGCAUUUGCUAACGAGUUUUUCGGGUUGAAGUAAUUUUUAAUCAGAUGUAAGGGUGACAGAGGCACAAGGCAAAGAGCUUUAAUGUUUCCAUGUAGCUUUAUACCAUGGACAUGUGCAAAGUUUGUUUUGAAACUGCUAUGGUAAAUUGGCCACUGCCUGGGGUUUCCAUUUUGAACUUAAACUGUUGUACAGCAGCUGUAUAUAAAAGUCUUAGGCACAGAUCUUUGAGAUUGUGCAUGUAGCAUUGGGACUUAUUCCAAAUUUGUUAAAAUCAUGAUCCUUGAAAUAAUAUUGGUCCCACCCAAGUAGUCACAUGGAUAACAUAAAUGAUAAUUAUAUUGUGCUGUUGAUUACUAUUCCUGGAUUGUGGAUCAAUAACCAUAAAUGCUUUGAUUGCUUAUUUGCCUAUUUUAUAGCAAUACAGGGCCAUCAUUGCCCUCUUGUUUUGUAGCUCACCUGUCACAAAGUGACAUGGUGAGCUUUUGUGAUCGCUUUUCGUCCAUGGUCAGUCCGUAAACUUUUACUUUUAACGACAUCUCCUUAUAAACCGCUAAGCAAAAUUCAUCCAAAGGAAUGUUCCUUUGGUAGUCAACUUUAAAAAUUGAUCAAAGAAUUUAAUGCCAUGGCAACAACAAUAAACUUAAAAAAAUCUUAUUUUAAAAAACCUAAAGAGCUAGAGCUUCGAUAGAAAGCAUGAAACAUCUUCUAGCGGGUGUCUACCAAGUUUAUACAAAUAAAAGCCCGGGGGUCAAAAUUGGCCCUGCCCUAAGGGCCAUUGUUUUUCCCUUUAUGUAUAUAGUAAAAACUUAAAAAAUUCUCUUUUCAUAAAACCUAAGACCUAGAGCUUAGAUAUUUAUCAUGAAACAUCUUCUAAUAGGUGGCUACCAUGUUUGAACAAAUAAAAGCCCCUGGGUUUGAAUUGGCCCCACCCCGGGGGGCCUUUAUACAGAUUAUGACAUUAAUCAGGCUGUCCAGCGUCCCUAAAAUUCCUAAAAAAUUCUACUUUUUUUCAGUUUGGCUAAAAUUCCUAAAAAAAUGAAAAAUUCAAAGGGAAUUCCUAAAAAAGCCCUAUUUUUUCACUUAAAUUCCUAUUUUUUUUAUCUUUGUGAUAAACAUAUUGCGAAACAACCAUAUUUCAAUCAUAACCUAAUUUCGAACACAGUCUGACUAAAUUGCAUAAUGUCACAUGUUGUAUUUACUUCAACUCCUGCAGAAAUGCCAUACUUGAUUAAUUGUCAGAUGUUUAGUGUUAUCAGAAAAAAUAAUAAGAAACUGUUUGUUUUAAAUGGUCCAACUUUGACUAUAUCAAAAGAGUCACCUGUUUAAAAUUGUGAUACAAAAAUUUCCAUGGAAGUUACAUUUUUAUUGGCUACAGAGUUUUACCUCAGUCUAAGGUGUAUUUAAAGCAACUAUUUACAUGAUGAACCACUAAAUUGCAUCAAACUUUAUUUAGGGGUCCUUAUUAAUAAAAUCUUAAUUUGUAAUCAAGUUAUUUUCAAGUGAUGACUGUAGAACAGAUCUUUUGUAAGUGAUACCAGCUGGCAGAUGUAGACAAGUUUCCAUAAUAGCUAAUUAUAAUGUGAGUAGGGUAAACUGGCAGUAAUGAUUUGAUGCCUUAACCAUUUUGCUACCCAAUAAGCGUACUAGUCUUAAGAAGUGACACCUUCAGCUGCCCUUUUUGUACACAUUAACAUGUACUGAACAUAUGUUCUAACAUAUUGUGUAAGUUUUUUACAAUUUGGAAAAAAACUGUUGAAAAUCAUUGAAAAAACUGACACUGUUGUGAAAUUUUCUACAAUUUUUAGUAGCCUGAUUAAUCUUGAACAAAUUCUUUAUAGGUGUAUACCCUGGUGUUUGAAUUUAAGUUUAAUUAUUCCUUGAAAUGACUUGAGUGGGUCAUAUCGUUUUUACUGUCUUUUAAGAAAGAUCAAGACUGGUUGAAAAUCUACCAACCUUAAAAUGAAUAAAUUUUGAUAAGAAAUGCAUUUAUAGCUAAAAUAAAUCUAAAGCAUAAUUUCCCCAGGGCCCUUCCAUUUAUUAUUGGCUAAUCAAAGCUUAGCUAAUUGAAUAUUGGUUGUUCCGGGAUUCUUAUAACUUUGAAAAUAUUUUCAUUGUAGUUAUGUUUUAAUGUAAUUUUUCAGCUCUUUUUAAAGGCAGUUGACCAGUGAAUCCAUUAUUUCACUGGUGACUAUGGAACACUGGUAACACCUUUGCUAUAACCAAACUAGAGCAUUAUUUGUGAGUUACUUUUGUGUUAAAUAUGCAAAGUUGAGCCCAUAUCAUGGUCUUUUGAGGCCAUUAUUUAGUUAUAAAAUUCCAAAUUUUAGCCCUAAAAUUUCUUAUAUUUACCCUAAAAUUCCUAAUUUUAGCCCUAAAAUUUCUUAAGAAUUGCCCUAAAAUUUGCCCUAAUUUUUUGUCAGAAGGUGCUGGACAGCCUGCAUUAAUGUAACUGUAAAUAGCAUGAUUUUUGUGAUUUCUCUUUGAAAACUGUCUCUGAGAUUUGAGAUAAGCAAUAACUUAAAUUAAAAAAAAUGUGUUACUGUUAUUAGUA